UGGUGAUAAGAUUAGAUACUGACUUUCGAGGCAGAUCGCACAAAAUUCCACUUCAGAUGCUAUUCAGUGCUGGUAGCGUUCAUUCAAAAUGAUUUUCAGGCUGUUCAUCUCCGUUGUGUUGCUUCUCCUCCCAUUCGUGGCUGGGGAAAGUCCCGUUUCUAAGAAAAGUUGGGAGCAGCUGACGAAUGAGUGCAAGGAUGCGGAGAAAGUAAGAGGCGAAGCAUUGCAGGUGGUGACGGCGAAAUACAAUGAAUCCGAGAGCAUGGUGCCAUUCAUGAGGACAUUGAAAGCUUUCAACACAAUGAUGACCGACACGCGCAAAUUGAUGGAGGAUGUUCGAUAUCUUCUCAGUGACGAUCUUGAAAAGCUACAGUAUCCGAAUGAUCCAUUGGUGGUCAUUGGCACCAUGGAGCUGCUGGCUAACGAAACAGAAAGUUUGGAAACGAGACUGACCUGGGGGGCCAAAGACGUCCCCGCGGAGGCUCUCGAAGACAACGACUUUUGGAUUCUUUUGGCUGCCUUCCAAAGCAGCGGUGAGAAACUCAAAAAUAUGGGAACGCCCCUUCAUGAUACUCGUUCACUAUUACCAUUAUCUCGAAGUGAUCACCGCUCCAGACAUAAGACCGAUCAGGCAAGCCAAACUAGAAACAGCCUAGCUAGAAUGUUCAUCCUCCGGCUGGAGCUUCAAGUACUGAUAGCCAAAGAUUCUCUAAUACGUGCUUUCACGGAAGCACGCGAGAGAGAACAGGCGGCGAGAGAAAACAGUAUUUAAUUUAAAUACAUGAUCUGGUCUUAUAUUACGUUAAAAAACGAAAAUUCUGAGAAAUAAACUCCUACAACUCAAAUAAGUGCCCUUUGAAAGUUCGCAAUUUAUUGACACCCAUUAAAAAGCAAUUCUACUGA